CUCUUAUCUAUUGAUUCAUACAUACAUACUCAAUUAUACAUACAUAUCACCCAUUUCUUCGUCAAGUCUUCAACUUUCUGCAGUCGCGCGAUUCGUUGUAAGAAUCAACUACUUCAAUUCUCCAAUCUUGGAUGAAGUUGUUAUUUAUCGAGUAGAUGGCUGGGGUAUUGUCGGGCGAUCCUUUACAACAUGGAUUGUAUGAAGGAGGAUCUUCUUACAGUAAUAAUCAGUCGGAAGAUGGAAGUGGUGGUGGUGGACAAUGGUAUUAUUCCCGAAAGGAAAUUGAAGAAAAUUCUGCUUCUAGAAAAGACGGGAUUGAUCUCAAGAAAGAGACUUAUAUGCGCAGGUCUUAUUGCACUUUCUUGCAAGACUUGGGCAUGAGGCUUAAAGUACCCCAGGUAACAAUUGCUACAGCGAUAAUUUUUUGUCAUCGAUUCUUUCUUCGUCAGUCUCAUGCAAGGAACGACAGGAGGACCAUAGCAACAGUAUGCAUGUUCCUCGCAGGAAAGGUUGAAGAAACACCUCGCCCGCUGAAAGAUGUCAUCCUUGUUUCUUACGAAAUUAUACAUAGAAAGGAUCCUGAUGGUGCACAGAAGAUAAAGCAAAAGGAGGUUUAUGAACAGCAAAAAGAGCUAAUUUUAAUGGGAGAAAGGGUUGUACUUGCUACUCUUGGUUUUGAUCUUAAUGUGCAUCAUCCGUACAAGCCCCUCGUAGAUGCUAUAAAAAAAUUUGGAGUAGCUCAAAAUGCACUGGCUCAAGUUGCAUGGAAUUUUGUGAACGAUGGGCUUCGGACAUCUCUGUGCUUGCAGUUUAAGCCUCACCAUAUUGCAGCAGGUGCCAUCUUCCUUGCUGCUAAAUUUCUCAAAGUAAAGCUCCCACAUGAUGCUGAGACAAGUUGGUGGCUAGAGUUUGAUGUUCAUCCACUCCAGUUGGAAGAGGUUAGUAAUCAAAUGUUGGAACUUUAUGAACAAAAUAAAGUGCCACAUUCUCAGACUAGUGAAGUUGAAGGCAGUGCUGUUAGUGUACCCACACCAAGAGCCCCAACAAAAGCUCCUCCCACAACUGAAGAGCGUCUUGUAAUAAACAGUAAUUCUCAAGGUAGGGGCGCUACUUCAAAAACUGGACUUGUGAAGUCAGGGUCAUCUCGUCCAGCCCAUGACCAGUCAUAUCUUGACAUUAGUGAUGCUCCUCCAAGGACAACACCAAACGGGAACAGUGACUACGCAAGCACACAUAUAAAUGGCCAACCAGACCAGAAGGGAGAUAUUAUGGUUAAUGAUGGUCAGUUUUUUGGCUCUGAAUCUUUUCCUCACCAGGGUAACCCUGAAGAAGUUCAGGGUGGUUCAAUGUAUGAUACUGAGGGACAUGACGGGACAGAUCUAGAAAGAAAUGAUGGGAGAAGUGGCACAAGGGUAGCAAAAGACUUCAGGGACAAAUGGAACAGCCGUUACAAGGAUCAUAGAGAUGGAAAAAUUGGCCACUCACCAAGGGAAGCAGUGAUAAAUAUUGAUAAAAACAAGGUAAAAGCAGCUCUCGAGAAACGGAAAAAGGCGCGUGGUUCUACAACGCGAAAAACAGACUUCACAGAUGAGGAUGAUCUGAUUGAGAGGGAGCUAGAAGAUGGCAUUGAACUAGCUGUUGAGAGCGAGAAGAGCAGGUCUAAAAGAGAGCAGAACUGGUCCAGUGAUGAAUAUGGGCAUCACUCUAGAAAUCAGGACGAGGACGGAGACGGCGAACAUGAAACGAAAUGGCAGUCGCCAUUAAAAAAUGAAUUUGACAAUGUAGAAGAAGGGGAAGUGCCAACUUUUGAUGAUACAGGCAGGUCAUAUCAGUCAUCAAACAUUCGCAAAAGAAAGGCUGGAAGCCCGCUUGACAGAUCUGUGGUGGGAAAGCGCCAUGAGUAUAUGACGUCUGUAUCCAAUCAACAUGAUCAUGACAACUUUCAAGAAGAUAGAGGGCUGGUGAGGCUUUCAGAAAAGGAUCGGAAAAAAUAUGUUCAGGAAAAUGAUGCUUUAUGUGCCUGCUGGAUGAAGAUUGUUUCCCUACACACCACCACCACCACCAGAAGAUGCUCUAUGUAUGUUACAAAGAAUCAGAACUAUUGAUGUGCAGGAUAUGAUAUGCAUGUAUAAAGAUUGAACACACAAGGUUUUAUUUCAGGAGUAUUCUCCUGCAAAAAGAGACAUUGAGAACUUAGAAGCUGGUCUAGGUUAUUUAUAAAGUCUUCAGGAUUUUUUACCUUUUAUAGUCAUAGUUGCGUAAUUAGGCACAAGUCCACAAGGAAGAUGAAUGCAAUUCCGUGGAGUGAUUUACUUAAUAAUAUGGUGUCUGCUUUGACUAUA